AUGAUCUCCUCCUGUGUCGUGGCUAUUACUCUAAGGGAUGUCGUGGUGGCCCAGAGGUUAAGGCGCCCGUUUCUCGAGUAUGAGGGUACACCCAGAUUCUUCGGAGUUCUUAUGACCAACUGGAGACAAUCUCUUCGUGUCACCAUGAAGCGGAGACGUUUUGAAGAUUGUCUGGUGGUACGCAUACGACACCGCGCCUGGACACCCACAACAUCAGAGAAGUUAUUGGUGCAUUUAUACGAACUGACUUACCCGGACUACAUCGAGAAGAGGAAGGGAGAUUUGGUGAUGUAUUUGUUCAUUUUCCUCAUGGUUUUUUUAUAUGGUGUCAUUUCUGGUCUUGGGUUCUUAAGCUUUGUGCCCUAUGGGACGGUUUGCAUGCUUCACGCUUGUGGUCAUUUGGAAAUAGCUAAAAACAGGAUCGAUUCCUUAUUCACCGGUGAUUCAAGAUAUGUGAAUGAGAAGUUGAAGAAUAUCGCCCAGCUACUUCAGUACACAUACCAUUUUAUAGAAUACAGUAAUGGAUGUCUCCGAUUCUUUUACGAUGCUAUUCUGAAACUGUCUGCGAUUGCCAUUCCGGUUACGUUUUAUGCUUUGUUAGAGGGGCUUCGACAUGGGGUUUUUAGUAUGGAGUUCACAAUGUUUAUUUUGAAUGCCAUUAUGCUGACCAGUAUACCUUGCUACUUAAGCGAUAAAUUAUUGGAAAAGGGUGAAGAAGUGAGACUAGCGCUGUACUCCUGUGGGUGGGAGUGUGAGUACAACCGGCGCAUGCGCGUUACUAUCCUGCUCCUACAGACGCGCUGCUCCCGACCUAUAGCCGUGCAGACAAUGUUCACUACGCUCUGCCUUUACGCUGUUACUGAUAUGUUUCAGCAGGCCUACACCAUUCUAAACCUUAUGAAUGCUGUAUGGAACUAA